CGAAUGUUUGCGCCCUUUAAUUGACUCAAAAUUUUUGUUGCGUUACGUAAAGAAACAUUUGUUAAAAUUGAUUAGGAAACCAGCUUCAGCAUUUAUUUCUUUUCAGUUUCUACGUUAUGUUAAGAAUUACUGCUGUGAAUGGCCCUUCCGCUUUAGAAAAUGUGAAUCUCGAACAAGACCUUUCAGCAACAAUGAGUGAAAGUCAAGAUAGUGUUAAUUCUAUUUCUCCAUCACACAUGAGUUCAUAUCCAAGUAAUAAUCCCAUGCAACGCACUGCUGUUCCACCCUCUUCACUACCAACAACAGCAUCAUGGCAAGUAAAUGCUCCAGCUAGUACUUCUGUUCCACUGACUAGUCCUAGUCCCACUCUCAAUGGCGAUGACUCCAAAUCACGGAUUGCAAAACCUGCUCAUUCAAAAAUUGACACUAUCAAGCAAUGGAGUAUAUCUACAUACAAGUGCACUCGCCAGAUUCUUUCUGAAAAAUUAGGGAAAGGGACUAGAACUAUAGAUGCAGAAAUGGAAGCGCAGAUUGAGCUCCUACGUGAUACUCAAGCCAAGUAUUGUAAUAUAUUGAGGCUUGCGCGAUCUCUUACAAGCCAUUUUUAUCAAGUUGUUCAAACACAGCAUGCGUUAGGGGAAGCAUUUUCAGAGUUAGCUCAUAAAUCUCCUGAAUUACAAGAAGAAUUUAUAUAUAAUGCUGAUACUCAAAGAAGCCUGAGCAAGAAUGGGGAAACUCUUCUUGGUGCUUUAAAUUUCUUUGUUUCCAGUUUAAAUACAUUGUGCAAUAAAACAAUGGAUGAUACACUUCUUACUGUCAAACAGUAUGAAAAUGCAAGGCUCGAGUAUGAUGCUUACCGAAAUGACCUUGAGGAGUUGAUGCAGAACAACCAGGGAAAUGUUCUAUCUUCUAAAGUUGAAGAAGCACGAAGAAAUUUUACUAGCCAUAAAGAAAAAUAUGAGAAACUGCGUGCAGAUGUUUCUAUAAAGAUGAAAUUCUUGGAUGAAAAUAAGGUUAAAGUGAUGCACAAACAGUUGCUUCUUUUUCAUAAUGCUGUAUCUGCCUAUUUUUCUGGAAAUCAACUCAUGUUGGAAGCGACGCUGAAACAGUUUAAUAUUAAACUGAAGAGUCCUAAUGCAAAUUCACCAUCAUGGCUGGAACAAUGAAUGGUUAUGGAGAGGAAAUUAAUCUAUGACAAUUAAUUUGUCAAAGAAUACUUUAUUAUAGAAUUGUAUGAUUUAACUUACAUAGAACAUACAUGAAUAGAACUUGAGGCAGAUUUGUUAUUCAUUGUGUGCUUUGACACAACUUUUUAAUAUAUUUCCAAAGAGGGAAAAAUAUAUUUUUCCCUUACACUGCAACUGGU